UUAGUAACAGUCAAACAUUGCACACUGUCUGAUGAAACGAAGGGUGUCGUGAGUGUGAUCGACUCGUCUAUUCGUUCAGUAUUCAUAUUUAGUAUAAAAUAUAUUGGUUAUAUUAUUUGAAGGAUUAUAUAGUAUAGUAUCUACUUGUCAGAAUUUAGGAAUUGAUGAGUGAAUUGGAGCAAGUUUGAAGAAAAGGGGUUAAAUCAGAAACAAAGCUAUUAAAGAACACAUAUUAUUACCAUGGAAACGGUUGAUCAUCCAGAUGGCCACGCUGUACCAAAACGGCGGAUGUCUAUCAUGAAUAGAGAAACCAUGGAAGGUUUGACAACGCAACCAAAUAUAAGACGCAUGUCAAGAAUGGACCCGCGCCCCAGCGUCCAGUAUGGAAUGAGUGGGCGUCGAAUGUCACAUGUAUCGCGUAGCAGUAUAUCAGGUGCCUCAUUUGGCGCAAAAAACCUCUUCACUCAAGUCAAAGUUCAGAAUACAUACAGAUUGGGACCGGACCCCGGCGAAAAGUUCAACUCCAGCCAAGCGGAAAAAGUCAUUAAAAGUGUACUGGAUUCCUAUUUGGGUGGUGAAACGUAUGAUAGCAAAUUAUGUUCUAAUCUAGUUCAAGAUUUAUCGGACGUUAUCAAAAAUCGAAUGAAAGACAUCGGAUUCAGUCCAAGAUAUAAAUUUAUUUGUGAUGUUAUUAUAGGCGAAAAUAAAAACCAAGGCAUAUCAGUUGCUAGUAGAAGUGUGUGGGGUAUCGAUACAGACAAUUACGCUAGUGCGUCCUAUACGAAAGGAAAUCUUCUUGCAGUAGCUAGCGUUUUCGCUACCUAUUUCGAAUAAGAUACAUUUUAAUGCUAAAUAUUUUAUUGUUUUAAGCUCGUUUUAUGUGCGGUAUAUGGGAACUAUUAGCUGACAUACAGACAUAACAUUUUCAUCUAGGUCUAUCAUUGAAACUGUGUACAUGUUUAAUUAUUAUGUAUUAUUAAAUGGUUGCUGAAAUUUCUC